CUGCACUCAGACAACUUGACUGUAUAAAGCACUGGUAAGCCCACUGCGCAUGUUUCAGUCACUCCCAUCGCAUCCAUCGAACCAUACCAAUUCCAUCAUGGCCCAUUACGGUUUAGGUUUAUUCACAUUACUGGCCGCAUCCUGCCUGGUGUUGGUGUCCAGCUAUGACCAGAGUAAAUCAGUGAUUCCCCUCGUCAAAGAACCGGGAUCAUCGCGACAGGAACGGGACCUGCUAUUGUCAAACGACGAUGACGAUUAUGAGUUCUUCAAUCGGCAGUCUCUCUCGGAGCCGGAAACUGCCGGCGCUAAGAGUGCAUUCGACCAGCCCGGUUUGCACGACGACAGCGCGGAAAUUAUGGGCAAUAUACCACCGGAAAAGAUCAGUGCACUGAUGGCCAAGCUGCAGGCCAAAAGUGGGCACUUUUCCGACGUUGCCCGGGAGGUAGCUAUUUCGGCGGUCAAUUUGCUGAUCGCUUUCGGCAGGUUAGCUGAACAUUCCAAGGAUAAGUUUAUUAUUUUGGCGAAAUAAAGCGUUUGAUGUUUGAAUGGA